AUGACAGAUGGGAGGCCACUGAAAUCCAUGAAGAAACAAGAACUUGGUUAUAAAAAAGAAAGUGUUAGCCUUCCUGUUGGAGAAAAGAAAGUGGUAAAUCUACCACAUGCAGUGGGUCAAAGUCAAGAAAAUGGAUUGUCAAAUCCAGAAUCAAUCACCGAAUUUAGGCCAACAACACCAGGUAAUAGUCCAGGAGCAGGGCAUUCUUUGGUCCCGGAGCAUAGUUCACCUGCUAUUCCAGAGACAAGUUCGGGAAGCAGUGAUGAUUUUAGACCAACGGGACCUGGGCACAGCCCUGGUGGAGGACAUUCUAAAGAAGAACACAUUGCUACACCAAAUGCUUAG